AUGUCGGCGACAGAGCAAGACAUCGCCACCCUCCUCCAAUCCCUCCUCACCACCAUCGAGACCCAAAUCGUCCCCCUAACCGCCCAGGGUGUCUCCUCAGGAAGCAAGCUUUUCGGCGCCGCCAUCCUCUGCAAGUCAACCCUUGCCCCGCUCACAGUAGCCACCAACAACGAGCGCGCCUCUCCCCUCCUGCACGGCGAAAUUAACUGCAUCCAGCAAUUCUUCUCCUCCCCCACUCUCGCCGUCGGCUACACCCCCCGCCCCAGCACCAAAGAUUGCAUCUUCGUCGCUACACACGAGCCGUGCUCUUUGUGUCUAAGCGGCAUCACCUGGUCCGGGUUCGACAACUUCUACUAUCUGUUCACGUACGAAGAUAGUCGGGAUUUGUUUAGCAUCCCGUACGAUAUCCAAAUUUUGGAAGAGGUGUUUCGGGUGCAGGCUGAGGGGGAGAGCGAGCAGGCGUUGGGAAGGAGGGAGUUGUAUAAUCGGAAGAACAAGUUCUUUACAGCGAAGAGCUUUGCAGAUUUGGUGGGGGAGAUUGAGGAUGAGGGGGAAAGGACAAGGUGGGCACGGGAGGUGGGGAGGGUUAAGGGGUUGUAUGGGGGUUUGAGUGAGAGGUAUCAGGAGGGGAAGAGGGAGGGGGUGGAGAGUGCGAGUGUUUGGAAGUGA